CGUACAAUAAUUGAACACACGGCGGCAUUCGGCAAAUUCCGUCACGUAACCCAACUUGUAAAGAAACGACGCCCGCUGUAAUUUCAACGACCCCAAAAGUCAUCAAAUUUUCUUAUAUACCAACCUUAAAUUUACUGUAUGGAGACGUCUGCGUAUUUUCAACUUUGCUAGGACCAUGGACGCGGUGGUGGUGAAGGCUGAGAAUCCGACCCGAAAGAAUUUGGGAAAGGAUCGAGUACGGGUCCAGAGGAAAACCCUGGAGGCGGUGCUCGAGCAAUGCCAGAUGGCCCUCCAGCAGCUCACCUCAGACUGCGAUGAUGACCUUGCUGGUACCGAGGUCUCCGGCGAUAGCUCAUCGGCGACGUGCUGUGAUACCGAGGCCGCUGAGUUUUCCGAUCUCCUGAAAUCAAGAAUUGAAUGUGAUGAUUUCCUUGAGAAACUAGAGAAUGCCCAGACAUUGCUUCCACACACCAUGGCAGAGGAAAUUAGUUCCUGGGACGUGAUAAGUGAAAAUGAUCUUUGGGAAGGUGGAAAUGUUGAGGUGGACAGAGAAGAAUAUGUUUUAGUUAGGCAAGAAGAUAUAUUGGAGGGUAUAGCAUCCUUCAUGGCUGGAUAUCUGCUGUCCCUUAAACAAGCUAAGGAUAUCACUCCAAAUCAGCUUCAGGAAGCUCUGAGCAAGACAUUCUCCGUAAAAAAGAAGGGAAAGCUUCGGAAGGCAUGGGAAGGAAGCAAAGUUGUUUAUAAUGUAGCAUCCUGGGGAGCUACUGCUAUUGGGAUUUACCAAAACCCAGCCAUUUUAAGGGCUGCCUCUGCGGCAUUCUGGACUUCCUGUCAAGUUAUAUCAAAGCUUUUCUGAUGCAACUUAAGAUGGAUGAAUGCUUGAACGUUGAACCUGUGGUCGUCCUUGCUGCAGAACUGGUCUUGGCAUGUCUAAAACUUGUGUGACGUGGUUUAUUUGUUUUUCUUAAAACAUCAAAUUCAUAGUCCUGUAAAUAUUUCACAUCAUUGAGCUUUUGCAUCUACUCUUUUGACGCACUUAUUAUGUACUAACUGUUAAGAUACAUAUAUACAAGUCUUAUCAUAAUGGAUGUACGAUUCAUUUUAUUAUU